AUGGUGGAGAGUGAUCACAAACCUCUAGAGGCAAUUAUAAGGAAACCACUACAUCAGGUGUCUCCUAGAAUGCAAAUGAUGUUGUUAAAAUUGAUGAAAUACAAUCUAUGUGUGACAUAUGUACCAGGUUCAAAGUUGCCCAUUGCAGACACGCUGUCACGUGCGUAUGUUGAUGACACAUCUAAGGAGAGCAUAGAUUCUCAGUUAGAAGAGGGACAGUACAGGACUCAUACUGUUACUCAGUAUUUGCCAGCAUCCACGCACAGGAUUCAGGAACUUCGAGAUGCUACUCGGAGUGACCACAGCCUCCAGCUGGUCCAUAACCAUAUUGUGAAUGGUUGGCCUCAGCAUAAGUCUUCCCUACCACCAGAAAUUCAGGCAUAUUGGAAUUUAAGAGGACAAAUGCAUGUGGAGGAAGGACUGAUAUAUGCUGGAGAGCGACUUAUAAUUCCCGUUGCCAUGAAACAAGAAAUGCUUGUUACACUUCAUGAAGGACAUGCUGGCAGUGAAAAGUGCAAAGCACGGGCCUCUGAAAUUAUGUAUUGGCCUAAUAUCAACAAGGACAUAGAGACCAAGAUUGCUGAUUGCCCAGUAUGUGCCACAUAUGCGCGUCAGAAUCCCAAGGAACCAAUGAUUCCACAUUCUUUGCCAACUCGUCCAUGGUCAAAGCUGGGUUCAGAUAUAUUUGAGUUUGCAGGUCAUGAUUACUUGUUGAUAGUUGAUUAUUAUUCAAAGUUUCCUGAAGUUGUCAAGCUGCAAAACAAAACAGCAGCUGGUGUUAUUGCAGCAAUGAAACCAGUGUUUUCAAGGCAUGGUAUUCCAGAUACCUUAGUUAGUGAUGAUAUGCCUUACAAAAGUGCUACUUUUAAGCAGUUUGCGAAAGAGUGGGGAUUCACUUGUGUUUAUACUAGUCCCACUUAUGCUCAGUCUAAUGGUCAAAGUGAGCGAUUUGUGCAGUCAAUUAAAGGAAUGAUUAAGAAAGCACAAGCAGAGGGUAAAGAUCCUCACAUAUCGUUGUUAGAAUACAGAAAUACACCUUUAGCUGGUAUAGGUUCAUCACCAGCUCAAUUGUUAAUGAGUAGGAGGUUAAAAGAUAAAAUGCCUACUAAAAAUAACUUGCUGCAAUCAAAGGUGGUAAAUGAUGCACAGUCAAAGCUGCACAAGCGUCAGCAAAAGCAGAAAUUCUAUUAUGAUAGAAGUGCUAAAUAUCACCAGUCAUUUAAUGUGGGAGAUAGUGUUCGUGUGAAUUUAGGACAAAAUUGGGAACAUGCCAGAGUGACAGAUAUUCAUAAUACGCCGAGGUCAUAUGAGGUGACUACUCCGGAUGGACAUUCAUAUCGUAGAAACCAACGCAUGAUAAACAAGUCUCCUGACUCGGUGCCCGAGUCGCAUGUUAUGGAUACUGAACUAUCAGAUACUAGUAUGAGUAAAACAGUGCACCAGAACAAUGAAACUGGAAAACAAAAAUUGCUCAGCCACAAAUGUGUAGGCGUAGUACUCGGGAGAGACAUCCACCUAGGUGGCAAGCAGAUUAUGAAAUGA